UCCUGUACCGCUGUCGGUAACUACGGUCGCGUUAAAUUGUAGUAAUUUUGAAGGGAAUCCAGACAACGCGCUAGUCUUUCCCCCAGGAGGCUCCGCUCUGCAGCUUCUUUGUUCAUUCAGUCUGCUCCGACCGGCUGAGUCACAGGGGGCUGAGCUAACCAGCAAACCCGCGCCGCAGCAGCAAGAAGCGGCUAGGAAAAGAGAAAAGAACAACAAAAUACAAAAGUGGCUGCUGAUGCUGAAGCGGCGGGGAAGCUGUGCGGGUUUUUUGUCUGAUUCCAGCGGGCUAACAGCCGCUGAGAAUGAGCCGGCAGGCUAACUGAGAGCUAGCGCCGGUGAGCCGCUGCCAUCAUCCGCGGAGCCGCGCUGACUCUCCCUUUCUGCUCAGCAUCCAGAUUAGCAUCCCAGGGAGGGGCAGCCCGUUAUCCCCGAGAGGAAAUACAAAGUUCUCCGUCUGCGGGCCGCCGUGAUUCCACACACGCAGCUGAAGAUGAGGAGCAGCAGCCACUUCUCCUCCAUCUAGUGCCUGAUCCACAAGCCUUCAUCACUCAGGGAGAACCCUUGGUCGUGGUCCUGGUCCUGGUCCUGGCCACCUUCCUGUGACUGUAGAAUGAAUAUGCUCAAAUCCAGCGGACUGAAAAUCCCUGGCCGCGGGCCCAAGCAUUCCAGCCCAGUGGCAAGAACCUCAGCAAGCGGAACAUCCAGCUCUGCUGUCCCAAAAGAGAGUAUUCCACUCAAGCCCACCACGCCAACGCCCACAAAGCCCUCUGAAGAAGGCGACGAUGUUCUGGGUGACUACACAGUGGGCGAACAGGUCUGGGUCAACGGUGUCAAACCAGGUGUUAUUGCCUACCUGGGGGAGACCCAGUUUGCACCAGGGCAGUGGGCCGGUGUGAUACUGAAUGACCUCGUUGGCAAAAAUGACGGUUCGGUUGGCAGCGUGCGCUACUUCGAGUGCCAACCCCUCCAAGGGAUCUUCACACGGCCCUCAAAGCUCAGUCGACAGCUGGUUGGAGAAGGAAGCGACAGCCACUCCACCGACUCAAUCACCGCUCAGAAUCAGCAAGGCGGUGGCGGUGCGCCCCCAGGCCAGCGGGUGGUCGUCCCACUCAGAGAAGGCCUGCUGACCAGUGCCGUGAAAACUGGCAACGAGUCGGGAUCCAACAUGUCUGACAGUGGUUCAGUUAAGAAAGGUGGGGAUAAGGAUCUUCGAGUUGGGGAUCGUGUUUUGGUUGGUGGAUCGAAGAUGGGAGUCAUUCGCUACAUGGGUGAGACGGACUUUGCAAAGGGUGAGUGGUGUGGGGUCGAGCUGGAUGAGCCUCUGGGGAAGAACGACGGCGCUGUAGCGGGUACAAGAUACUUUCAGUGUCUUCCCAAGUUCGGUCUGUUUGCGCCCAUCCACAAGGUGAUCCGCAUCGGCUUCCCCUCCACCAGCCCCGCCAAGGUGAAGAAGAGCAAGCGGGUGGCCAUGGGCGUUUCCUCGCUGGCCCACAGCCCCAGCAGCUCGUCCAUCAGCUCGGUCAGCUCGGUGGCGUCCUCGGUGGGCGGACGCCCCAGUCGAGCUGGGUUGCUGACUGAGACGUCGUCGCGCUACGCCCGGAAGAUCUCCGGCACCACCGCCCUCCAGGAAGCCCUGAAGGAGAAGCAGCAGCACAUCGAGCAGCUGCUUGCAGAGAGGGACCUGGAGCGAGCCGAGGUGGCCAAGGCCACCAGCCGUAUCUGCGAGGUGGAGAAGGAGCUGAGCAUGCUGAAGACCCAGCACGUGCAGUACGUGACGGAGAACGAGAGCGCGCUUCAGCAGCUCCGAGCCGUGCUGGCCAGCGCACAGAAAGACAAAAUGGAACUAGCCAAUCAGCUGGAGGAAGAGAAAAGGAAGGUUGAAGAUCUGCAGUUCAGAGUGGAAGAGGAGUCCAUCACGAAAGGCGAUCUGGAGGGAGGAAGCAAACGCCAUGCCGGCUCCACGUUGGAGCAGAGAACCAAGCAAACAACAGUCGAGGAGAAGAGUCGCAUCGUGCAGCUGGAGGAGGAGCUCAGCCUCAGGAGAGCUGAGAUCCAGAACCUCCAGGAUCAACUCAGAGGCCCCGAGGAUGACAACGCAGUGACGCCGCAGCAAAGUGAUUCCGGGUCCAGCGCCCAGCCGGGCCAGGAACACCACAGUGGGAUGAAAGGAAAGCAUGAAGCAGCGUUACGAGCGAGCCAGCAGGAGGUGGACUCACUGAAGACUGUGGUGGACAAGCAGAACCAGGAGAUUUAUUACAUGAAACGGAAACUCCAGCAGGCCACGAAGGAAAACAUGGAGAUGAUGGACACCUGGAAGGCUAAAUUUGACACUCUGGUGAGUGACCAUCAGCACUCAUUGGAGGAACUGAAAGUCACAUUGAGUAGAGACCGCGGUGCCCCAGCAGGCCAGGAGGAGGACGCACAGGAGCUGAGAGCCGCUCUGGAGAGCCUAAAGAUGGAGCACCAACUGGAGGUGGAGAACCUCAAGGCCAAACACAAGAUUGAAGCCGCUAUUCUGACCAAGGAGCGCGAGGACCUCUGCGGCCGUCUGCAGGAGGCCACAGAUCAGCUGGCAGAGGGCAGCCAGACAUGGAGGACUGACGCCGAGGCCAAAAGCAGCAAACAGGCCCUGGAGGAGGUUGCUGAGAAGCUACAGAAGGCGGAACAGAGGCUGGCGGAGGUGGAGAAGCUUCACGUGGAGCGUGACCAUAGUGCCAAGGAGCUGAGAGAGCAGCUGGAGCUGUCGGAGAAGAAGAUGAUGGACUACCAGGCUCUGCAGAAGGCCCAGGCAAAGAGUCAGGAGGAGAUCCAAAAACUGGAGGAGGAGCUGAGGGUGACGACAAACCAGCUCCAGGCCAUCCAGGCAGACCGCUACACCUCACACGAUGCAAACGUUAUAGAAGACAAUGAAAUUUCAGAUGAAAAGAUGAAGCUCAAACAGAACAUUGAAGAAACAAUGGAGAGGUUGCUGAAAAGAGAAAAAGAGGUUUCUACUCUGACUUCCCAGGUUGAAGCACAUAGAUCGCAGACCAGCGCACUGGAGGCUAAAAUUCGUUUGUGGGAGAAGAAAGCGGAAGCAUUGAGUCGGGAGAACAUGCGUCUGGAGACGGAGCUGGAGUCUCUGACCAAGAAGUCCCAUGAUGCCUCUGGGCAGCUGGUCAGCAUCAGCCAGGAGCUGCUGAAGAAAGAGAGGAGUCUGAACGAGCUCAGGGUGCUGCUGCUGGAGUCCCAUCGGCAUUCGCGUGACCUGGAGAAAGACCUGAGCCGAGACGUGCACAAGGCCGAGUGGAAGGUCAAAGAGCAGAAACUCCAGGAGGACAUCAAGACGCUGAGAGAAAAGCUGCUGCUUCUGGGCCGGGAGCGCGCUUCUCCGGACCAUCGAAGGUACUCCAUGCUGGAUCCAUCGGCCCUUGACUCGGAGGUGAACCGGCUGCGUCAACGGCUUCUCAGCACUGAGGACACCCUGAGGAACGCCUUAGAACACAACCAGCAAGUCGACCAGCUGGUCCAGGCCAUGCGCUGGCAUCCCGAGAAGAGUCCGGUGCACGGUGCAAAUUCAGCCAAUGGGAUUCACCACCAGGAGUCAGACAGAACCCAAGACGAACAACACUGAUACAAGGUGGAGACAAACAGGAAGAGCAGACUCUCAACAGGGAAAAGGGAAAAUAAACCGAUCUAACAAUGGACUCCUGGAAGAAAAUUUGACUUUAUUAGUUCAAACCAAAACUGUGAAUCUCAAGUGAAUUCAUGUGUUGAUGCAGAAGACACCUGUUAGCCAUGUGCAAAGAUGUACUUGAAAACACAGAGACGACUGGAACAUCUUCCAAGGCUUUACCCUAGUUAGCAAGUUUGGAUCCACAGGUUUUUGGGAACUGUUUGAGAAUUCCAACUUCAGAAAAAUGGCAGAUGGACAAUGUGGAUGAUGAAAGAUCGGGAUCUCACUCGCCUAUAUUUGUUUUAUUUAUUAUUUUGUUGUGGCUUCUCAGCUUUGUAACUUUUUUCCUGCAGUGGAAAUGCUAUGCCACUCAGAGGAACAGCGAAAGCUUUUAGGGGCCGCGACCGAAAUUCUGAGGAGACGUCUCAGUGGAUCAUACGAGUUUGUCCCACGUUCCCGCGGAUAUUCUGUAGAGAUAAGUAACGAUUAACGAGUAGCGUUUAUCGCAGUCAUUUCAAACUUGCGUUACCCAAAGGCGAUGCUUUCAAAGACUAAAAGCCUUUUUAUGCUUCUGCUACUCGGUUACUCUGUGGCCACGCAAUCGCUUCGAUGCAGUCGUGAACCUUUUGAAGCUGUCCGUCGGGAUUGGUGUGUGUCACAAUGCAAUUACCGCCAGAACAGCAGGGGGCGUGAUGUUUUCGUGAAGGCUGGCCUGCUCUCCUUGUGAAACUGGAAAAGUGAGAUUCCGGAAAUAAUGUACUUAGCAGACCAAUCACAGCCCGCGUGGUCCCCAUGUGAUCUCACUCGUCUCGACAAGUAGCUACAAUUUUUGGGAGGUGCAUGUCAGGCUACAGAGAGGGGCUCGGAGGAGGUUUGCAUUGACGUAGAGGGCUCUGCAAGGCUAUGGAGUUGCAGAUACGGAGUAAGCUAAAUUGGCCUUAAUAAUUUGGCGCUUCUUGAGCUCAUCCAAAGUAUCGCAUCUGGAUGCUAAUCAGGACGCUUGACGAUGGAGCACAUCAGUCUUACAAACUUGGACACUUUUAUAAAGUCAAUGUUCAUACUAAAGUUUGGCAUCAAGCCACGAUUUAUCGUUGCUAAGUGGGUCCUGUCUUUAGCUGGGUUUUUAAUUUGACAAAUCCAAAAGAUGUGAUUAGCGCUGACAGGAAA